AUGAAAACGAUGACGGGAUCAAACGAGUUCAAACUAAACCAGACUCCAGAUGAUGGGAUUUCAUCAGUGAAGUUUAGUCCAAAUACAUCUCAGUUUCUGCUUGUCUCCUCCUGGGACACGACUGUCCGCCUCUAUGAUGUUCCUGCCAACACCAUGAGACUCAAGUAUCAGCAUUCAGGAGCUGUCCUUGACUGUGCCUUUUAUGAUCCUACCCAUGCCUGGAGUGGAGGAUUAGAUCAGCAAUUAAAAAUGCAUGAUUUAAACACGGACCAAGAAAACCUUGUUGGUGCCCAUGAUGCUCCUAUCAGGUGUGUUGAGUAUUGCCCAGAAGUGAACGUCAUGGUGACUGGAAGCUGGGAUCAAACAGUUAAACUGUGGGAUCCCAGAACUCCCUGUAAUGCAGGAACCUUCUCUCAGCCUGAAAAGGUGUACACGCUCUCUGUGUCUGGAGACAGGCUGAUUGUGGGGACAGCAGGGCGGAGGGUGCUGGUCUGGGACCUGCGCAACAUGGGCUACGUCCAGCAGCGGAGAGAAUCAAGUCUGAAGUACCAGACCCGCUGUAUCAGGGCCUUCCCAAAUAAACAGGGCUAUGUUUUAAGUUCCAUUGAAGGUCGUGUUGCGGUGGAAUAUUUGGAUCCAAGUCCAGAAAUCCAGAAGAAGAAAUACGCAUUCAAGUGUCACCGUUUGAAGGAAAACAACAUUGAGCAGAUUUAUCCAGUUAAUGCCAUUUCCUUCCAUAACGUCCACAACACGUUUGCUACAGGAGGCUCGGAUGGGUUUGUGAACAUCUGGGACCCGUUUAACAAGAAGAGGCUGUGCCAGUUCCACCGGUACCCCACGAGCAUCGCCUCGCUGGCCUUCAGCAGCGACGGCACCACCCUGGCCAUCGCCUCCUCCUACAUGUACGAGAUGGACGACAUCGAGCACCCCGAGGACGGCAUCUACAUCCGCCAGGUGACGGACGCCGAAACUAAACCCAAGUGA